UUCUAGGUCAUAUACAUGUACCAGUUUCAGUGUAAUAAUAUGGGGUCUGAACCAUAUAGAUUGCUUGAUCUGUUUCUUCUGAUGAUUCCCACGUUUCUACUUUGCUUGUCAUCAUCUCAAGCUUUCAAAUUCUACGUUGGUGGCAAAGAUGGCUGGGUUCUGAAGCCUUCUGAAGGCUACAAUCACUGGGCUGAAAGAAAUAGGUUUCAAGUCAAUGAUACGCUCUAUUUCAAGUACAAGAAAGGGUCUGAUUCAGUCUUAGUGGUGGAGAAGGCGGACUACGAUUCUUGCAACACAAAGAAUCCCAUGAAGAAAAUGAACGAUGGGGAUUCGUAUUUCAUCUUCGAUAAGUCAGGUCCCUACUUCUUUAUUAGUGGCAACUCCAACAACUGCCAAAAGGGUCAGAAGCUGAUCGUCGUUGUUUUGGCUGUCAGAAACAGUCGUUGUUCGCCUCCGAUGAUUACUCCAGCUCUACCGCCGGUAGGUGGGAACCCCCCGGUUGUGUCUCCAGGAAGUUUGUCACCUCAGCCAAGUCAGGGCCCAUCUGCAGAUGACAAUUCUCCAGCACCGUCACCGCCACCUCCUUCGGGCUCUGCGAGUUUUGGUGGUCAUGUUUGCGCGGGUUGUAGGGUUGGGAUCAUGCUGUUGUUAAAUUGCUUCGUCUGGCUUGCUUGAGUCGUUCAUUUAUAACGGUCCAAAAUAAGUUGUUACUUUAUGUCUUUUUAGGCACAUGUUGAUUUUAUUUGUUGAAGUUGAAAUUUGAGUCAAUCCUUGCAAAUUUUAUUUGGAU